CUGAGGACAGAGCUCCUGGAGUCCCUCCCACCAUGGACUGGGCUCCCUUCUUCCUCCUGCCCCUGGUUUUCUCCACAGGUCUCUGUGCUGAACUUAGGCUGACUCAGCCCCCGACUGCUUCUGCCUCCCCGGGAGCCUCGGCCAAGCUCACCUGCACCCUCAGCAGUGAGCACAGCAGCUACUACAUUUAUUGGUAUCAGCAGCAGCAGCCAGGGAAGGCCCCUCGGUAUUUGAUGAAGGUUAACAGUGAUGGAAGCCACAGCAAGGGGAAUGGGAUCCCCGACCGGUUCUCAGGCUCCAGCUCUGGGGCCAACCGCUACUUGACCAUCUCCAACCUCCAGUCUGAGGACGAGGUUGACUAUUACUGUGCAACAGGGGAUAGCAGUGUCAGUUGUGUUGUGUUCGGCGGAGGGACCCAUCUGACCGUCCUAGGUCAGCCCAAGUCUGCACCCUCGGUCACCCUGUUCCCGCCCUCCACUGACGAGCUCAGCAACAACAAGGCCACACUGGUGUGUCUGGUCAGUGACUUCUACCCGGGAGCCGUGACAGUGGCCUGGAAGGAAAAUGGCAGCCCUGUCUCCCAGGGCGUGGAGACCACCAAGCCCUCCAAGCAGAGCAAUAACAAGUAUGCGGCCAGCAGCUACCUGAGCGUGUCAGCCAGCAAGUGGAAAUCUGCCAGCCAGUACAGCUGCCAGGUGACCCACGAAGGCAGCACUGUGGAGAAGACAGUGGUCCCCUCAGAGUGUUCCGAACACUGAGCCCCCAUUUUCUGGGACUCUACUCAGCCAGAUCACCCAUUCCCCACCUCUCCACUGUACCCCUGGGACUCCCGCCCCUGUCUGCUCAGAAUGGGCUGGUCUCACUGCCUCCCCAUUUCCCAUUUUCUCAAUAAAACCCUGGUCAUUUAUCA